GCCUACUUCAGAUCUCAACUUAUAACAAUCCUCACCGACCCGAUACACGCUCCUCUAUCUCGCCUGCGUGACUGAGUAUUUAUACAUACCAAGAGAGCCGGGGCCCAAUCUCCGAGAUGCCUCCUCCACCACCUCCUCCGCCGCCGCUCCCAGGCAUGGGAGGGCCGCCGCCUCCUCCUCCUCCACCUGGUGGACUGCCACGACCGACUGCUGGUGCUGGCCGAGGUGCCUUACUUAGCGAUAUAUCGAAAGGGAGGGCCCUUAGAAAGGCCGUUACGAAUGAUCGUUCUGCUCCCCAAGUAGCGAAAGCGUCAGGGGGGGGAGGAGGCGGAAUGCCCACUGGAGGAGCGCCACCUGUUCCUACAAUACCCAGGGGGGCUCCAGCCGUCCCGGGCGGCCUCGCACCACCGGUCCCGGGAAAUAGAGCGAGUAACAAUGACCACAAUAGCGGCGGAGCGGCGGAGCCUGCGCCGCAGUUAGCAGGUUUAUUCUCAGGCGGCAUGCCGAAGCUAAAGAAACGAGGUGGAGGUGUAGAUACAGGAGCAAACCAAAACGCAUCGUAUCUAAACGACACAGAGUCGUCAGGCCCGAAAGCGCCAUUAGUACCGAGACCCCCUUUCGGAUCUGCCCCCGCCAUACCAACAGCUCCAGCUCGUGCAGUGCCCACACCCCCGACGACGGUCUCUCACGCCUCGGUAGCGACUCUAAGGAAGGCGAUCAGUGAUGUCCCAAGACCAAACUCGAUGGCAUCACUAGCAUCCUCGAAAGGUCCCCCGCCACCGAUAGGGAAGAAGCCGCCUCCUCCGCCCGGGUCCAGGAAGCCCUCAACCACACCAUCACAUUCUCACCCGUCUCAUCCUCCUCCCUUACCGGGCUCACAUGCGCCCCCGCCUCCUCCAUCAUCUGCUCCAGCGCCACCGGCACCUCCGCCUCCACCACCAAUAUCCGCGCCAGCGCCACCACCUCCGCCGCCAGUAUCGGCACCCGCACCACCACCGCCUCCUCCGGCCGCAGCUCCUAGACCACCCCCUACUACAACGCGAUCACAACCUCCUCCCCCUCCGCCGUCAGUACCGCCAUCUAGCUCAACAUCGCCAAACAUCGCAGUCCAAGCAGCGAUGCGUGCAACGGCAACAGGAGGCCGUUCUUCUUCUCCUACCGGCACACUACCCCCUCUCCCUCCGUCUUCCGCGCCAACACCACCUCCCAUAACGCGAGAUCCGUCUUCAAAUCGCCAACGCACCAGCUCGAAUCUCCGCUCGAUGCUAGACCCGAGCACAUACACGCUAGCUCCCAACGGCACCAGCAAGAGCCCGAGCCCCACCCCCACAGGCAGCGCAAUGCCCAGCCCGCGCGAAGCAAGCAGAGGCGAGCGGUAUAUCAUCCACGACAGCCGCUGGCGUUUCAAGGACGAGAGCGAAUUCCCCAAGCCCCGACCCUUCCAAGGCGGUCCCCGCAAGUACCGAGCCGGUCGCGGGAGCAGCGUGCCGCUAGACCUAAGUGCGCUCUAGGGGGGUAGUCGUGGUCAAGGCAUGGCAAUGCUCAGGGGAAGAAGAGAAAUUGGAAGGGGAGUGGGGAGGAAAACAGAAGAUACAGGGGGCGUAAAGGAAAAGACCAAAAAAGAAGGGUAUGACUGGUUGAGUAUCCACUGGUGAAGCUUUAGCUUAGGUACCUAGGUACCCAAGUACGGACCCAAGCUAGGCCUAUGUAGGAAAUAGAAACGCGGACAGGUUAUUCGAGGUCUUGUGGAAAAGGACGAGAUGGGAGGAGAUAUGCCUAGUGUAUGUGCAUAUGUACGUCCAUGUAUGUGCACUUCACUAGGUUAGAGGAAUACCUAUUAGUAGCGCAGGCGUUCAUUCUCUGGUCUCUACAUGCACUAACCUAUGUAGUAGGUAGCAAUAAGCCCUAGACUAUAUC